GGUCCAGCAAGAUCUUAGCAAUCUUGGUUAUUCUGGUUUACGGUCCACUCAAAAGAAGACACUCAUGUGAUCGCCCUCUUGUUCCGGUCUCAUUUGAACUGCUCAUGGGGACCCGGAAUCCUUCUCCUCCUCCCGAUUUCUCGGAAGAUUUACAUAAUGUUGACAACAUUGGAGACACUUCCUAUAGCAAACGCUGGCUCUUUUCUCUCUUGUUGGACUUAUUAUCUGUCAUGAAUUCGUCUUCAUUGAAUGGUGAGCAGGUGGAGGAUCUGGAUCCAGAUAUGGAAGAGCGGUUGUGUUGCCUUUGGGAUCUGACUGUUAACCGUGAUAUACUACCUCACUUGGAUGAGUUUGACAUUGUUCCUAUUCUCGCUGACGCCUUGACCUACUCGCGGCAUCCACGGCUCUUAGAAAUCAGCGCUGGGAUAUUAGCCAACAUGGCGCAUAGCCCAACCGCGUGUCAAAAAAUGUCUGAUAUGGAAUCUUUUAUCGAUCGAGUGCUUACCUUGUUCUCCUCAAGGGAUACGCCAACUUUGACUGAGGUCUGCAGAUUAAUGCACACUGUCCUUUCAUCUGGAGACAACGGCUCUGCAUGGCUCACCUCACUGAAGUCUCAGUCCGAAUUUUUCGAUAACUUUUUGUUCAUCCUCCGAAGUUCCACCAAUGAUUCUUUGCUUAUUGCAACCAUUCGUCUCUUGGAUGCUAUUACCCGAGGCGAUGAUCAUUUUGCUGAGGCAUGGUGUGGUUCCGAUUUACUCGAUUCCGUUUUAGAGGCGCAGCAUCAAAUGGUAUGGCUGCAUGGUAGCGAGGUGGAGGUUAUUCACCGUUUAUUUUACACUUUUUCUUCCACCGUCACCGGAGUGGGUGCAUUGAUAAAAUCAUUCGACAGUCUGCUGCCCACUUUCGGAGUUUACUUACGCAAGGUAUGCGAGGAUGAACCGCAUCUCAUUCCAUUUUCCACAUACUACAACAGUCUACGAGCUAUCAUACCGGUCAUCGAUUCCGUCGUUGGCAGUCUGCCGGAGACCGAGGCUGUAUCCUGCUUCUCUUCCGAUCGCAGCGUACUUCCCUGCUUAAUGCACAUCACACUGGGAUGUCAUCAGCAGCUUCGCGAUUGUCCAUUGGUACGAGGUGUGUUGGCCGACUUGAAUAUCCUCUUCAAGGACGUCAUACGUUCCCUUGAUGGACUGUUUCACACACUUACCAACACCCUUGAAGAUCAGAACCAUACGAAUUGGCUCUCUGAUUUGGACCGACCGCCCAAUGCAGCUCAGCGCGAAGCAUUUAUCAGUUGCUUGCUUAACGACGGUGGAUCAGAGAGCCGGAAUCAAUUGCUUUUCGUGUGCACAAUUCUCAAAUUACCGCAUCUUUUAGAAACUUUGGACGAAAUUGCACUUCGCAGUUGGACAGACUUCCCCUGUGUUCCACUUGCCCGAGCAGGAUGA